AUGGGGGAGGGGGGCGGAGACGCGCGCAUGGCCUGGCUGGAGGAGCGGGUGCGCUCCUCGCUGCAUGCCAAGCCAGACAGGUUCCAGAGGAUGCUCGCACAGGACGAGUCACGUGCGCAAUUGGAGGAGUUCCUGGACAGCGUCGACUGCCGGCGGCUCCUCUUCUUUGAGGAUGCUAAAGGCGAGCUGGUGGCAUCGAAAGGGCCCCCCAGCAAGCUGCGCAAGAAGACGGUGUACUUCUUGAAGCUGGGCGGGGCGCCAUUGACAGCAGAGACGCUGGGGCAGCAGCUGUGCGUGGGCGAGCUGGGGGAGGCGCCCCUGGAGCAGCUCUCGCAGACCGCGCAGGAGGUGCUCCUGCCGCUGCUCUGCAACCCGCGCAACCAGGACGGGUGGCCGGACAUCAUUGCCAAGGAGGUGACGGACAACCUCCACAAGUUCAUUGCCAACAUCUACGUCACCAUCGGCCAAACCAAGGGCAAGACACUGCUCGCACUGCCGCCCACAGACCAAGAGAGCGCCGCGCUGGGCAAGGACGAGCGCGCACUGCGGGACAAGGACCGCGUGCACGUGCUGGAGAGCGCAGUGGUCACGUGGACGCGCCAGAUCAAGAACGUGCUCAAGCUGGACCCCGAGACCGGGUCCAACCCUGGCCCGCUUGUGGAGCUCGACUUCUGGAAAACCAAAGCGGAGAACCUCAACUCCAUCUAUGAGCAGCUGCAAGGCGAGAAGGUUCAAAAGGUGGUGCGCAUCCUGGAGGCGGCCAAGAGCACGUAUCACCCCGCCUUCCAGCGCCUGUGCAAGGAGGUCGAGAUGGGCCGGGACGAGGCCAACGACAACGUGGUGUACCUGGCCCCGCUGCAGCGGUACCUGGAGCGGCUGAGCCUGGCGGACGACUUUGGCGCGCUGGCGGAGGUGUUCAAGCCGGUGAUGCACACGGUGCUGCUCAUCUGGAAGCACAGCCGGUACUACAACACGGCGGCGCGGCUGGUCAUCCUGGUGCGCGAGGUGUGCAAUGACAUCAUCGCGCAGGCGUGCAAGUACAUGAACGGCGAGGAGAUGUUCAAGGGCGAGCCGCAGGAGGCGGUGGAGAAGCUCAAGACGACGCUGCGCAUCUGCGGCACCUUCAAGAGCCACUACUUCGACUACAAGGCCAAGUCCACGGCCGAGACGCCGGACAACCCGUGGCGCUUCCAGAACAGCGCGCUGUUUGCGCGGCUGGACAGCUUCCUGGAGCGGUGCCACGACAUCCUGGACCUGACGCAGACGAUCCUGCAGUUCACCAAGCUGGAGCGCGUGGAGAUCGGCGGCAGCAAGGGCAAGACGCUGACGGUGAGCGUGCGCCAGAUCUUCGCCGACUUCCAGGCCGCGGUGGCCAAGUUCCAGGCGGUGCAGUACAACAUCCUGGACGUGGAGAGCAAGAGCUUCGACGACGACUUCUACGACUUCCGGUGCGUCAUCAAGGAGCUGGAGCGGCGGCUGGGCAGCGUCAUCAUCCAGGCCUUCGACGACUGCACCACCGUCGCCGCGACGUUCAAGCUGCUGGACAGCUUCGAGGGCCUGCUGGAGCGCGAGAUCAUCCAGGCGGACCUGGAGAAGAAGCACGCGGACCUGCUGCGCGCGUACGCGCACGACCUGCGCGACGUGCAGGACGCGUUCCACCGGCAGCGCGACGCGCCGCCCACCACCAACAACAGCGCGCCCAACAGCGGCGCCGUCUACUGGGUGCGCUCCCUGCUGGGCCGCAUCCGCGAGCCCAUGGAGAAGCUGCGCCAGCUCAACAAGGCCGCCGCCGACUCCGAGGAGGCCAAGGACAUCAACAAGCUCUACACGUCCCUGGUGGGCACGCUGGAGGAGUACGAGGCGGCGGUGCUGAGCGCGUGGACGCGCGAGAUCGAGGCGACGUCGGAGGACAAGCUGAAGCAGCCGCUGCUGCGCCGCGAGCGGCAGCCCAUCCUGCGCCAGCAGCUCGGCUCCGCCGCCUCGCGCAGGACAAGCGGCGCGCGCUCGCGCUUCUCCACCUCGCCCGACGGCUCGCUGGUGGAGGCUGACGGCACGCUGAGCUCGUCGGCGUCGCUGCACCUGCAGUCGAGCCUGCUGUCGUGCCUGUCGUCGGUGGGCCCCAGCUUGCUGUCGCAGCUGGUGGAGGGCGAGGCGGCGCCGCUACUGCGCGUUAACUUCGACCCCAUGCUCAUCCGACUGCUGCGCGAGGUCAAAUACUUUUUGCUGCUGGAGGCGCCCGUGCCCGACAGCGCGCUCAAGGUCUUCAAGCGCGCCGAGGUGUUCCGCCAGCAGACCGGCAACCUGGAGCUCAUCGUCAACACCUACAACAACAUCCUCCUGACGGUGCUGGAGGUGGAGAAGCCGCUGGUGGAGCGCAAGCUGGCGAACGUGGACGCGGCGCUGGGCAAGGGACUGGGCACGCUCAACUGGAACAGCCACAAGAUCGAGGAGUACGUGAACGAGGUGAUGAGCAUGGUCAAGGAGCUGGCCGCCAACCUGAGCACCAUCAAGGGCCACGUGCGCAAGAGCGUGGGCAUCCUGGAGCGGUGGGCCGUCAACCUGCUCUUUGAGCGCAAGGACGGCAAGACGUACUCCGCGGACGACCUGGCCGAGGCCGCGCGCGCGCUGGCCAGCCUGCGCAGCAACGAGAUGGCGGAGGGCGGCGCGGAGAUGGCCCGCCUACUGGCCGCCAGCAACCGCGUGCUGCACGUGUCCAAAGGCGCGCCCGCGUGGAAGGCGUACGUGGAGUACGUGCAGGGCAUCCUGGUGGACGGGCUGGCCACCGCCGUGCUCAACAGCGCGAGCUACCUCUUCGCGCAGCUGGACCCGGAGAGCAUCGCGCGGAGCGAGGCCAGCCCGCUGCUGGAGGUGAAAAUGGAGCUGGUGGCGCCGGACAUCGUGUGGGUGCCCGACCUGGGCACGCAGGGCGGCGGCGGCGUGCGCGACCUGGUCGACACCUGGCUCGCCAGCUUCGUCAACACGGCCACGCUCAUGAAGCGGCUCGACACCGGCGAGGGGAACUACCUGCCCGAGAUGGAGACGGACAUGCGCAUCACCUCCGUCUUCGACCAGAUCCGGGCCACCGUGCGCGACAACGAAGUCAAGUGCCAGGCAAGCGCGCCCCGCACAGCCCGCGCCCCACCACUUGGCUUCUCUUGUUCCUGGAACAAAGAGUGGCGCGCAACAGACGAGAUGCCUGCGUUCAAGGAGGGCUACCUCGCGUUUGAGUACCUGUGGCGUACCGACCUGGCCGCCUCUCUGGCGGAGUUCUUGGCGGGUGGCGCGGACGCGGGCGGCCCGUCGCUGGAGGCGUUCGACGGCGCGAUCGCGCGGUUCAAGGGCGUGCAGGAGGCGGUGCAGGCGCUGCCGGCGGUGGCGACGGUGGGGUGGAUCCGCGUGGACGCCAAGCCCAUCAAGCAGGCGCUGUCCACGUGGGUCACCAAGUGGGUGUUCCUCUACACGCACCACCUCUCCUCCAAGGUCGUCGACUCCAUGGACGACCUCUACGCCUUCAUGCAGCAGGCCGACAAAACCCUGGACAUGGAGGUGGAGAGCGGCGACGCGUCGCAGCUGCGGCUGGUGAUGGGGUGCAUGCGCGACAUCCGCAACCGCACCGACAAGACGGACGCGUCCUUCGAGCCGCUGCGCAAGACGGUGCAGCUGCUCAAGAAGUACGGCAUCAUGCUGUCCGAGCUGACGCUGAAGAAGCUGGAGGAGGCGCCCAUGGCGUGGGCCGCGCUGAAGAAGAAGAUGUUCCAGAAGCGCGAGAAGAUGGGCGCGCAGCAGCAGGCGGAGGCCGCCAAGAUCCGGCAGGACAGCGAGACCUUCCGCGUCAAGGUCGACAACUUCCGCGCGCUCUUCAAGAAGAAGGCGCCCUUCGGGAUCAGCGCGGACAGCCUGGCGCUGGAGCACGUGCCCCCGGCGUACGAAAUUUUGGACGCGUUCCACCACGGCCCCGUGACCCCGGUGUACAAGUACGGCUCGCUGCUGUCCAUCACCAAGGAGGCAGCCGAGUUGAACGAGGCGCAGGAGCUGUUCGAACUGGUGGUGGUGGAGUACCGCGACCUCGCUCGCUGCUGCGAGGAGGUGGUGCUGCUGAAGGCGCUGUGGGACAUGGUGGCUGUGGUGAUGCACACCAUCGACAGCUGGCGGCAGACGCCGUGGGAGCGCAUCGACACCGACUUCCUCAUGGACGAGGCCAAGCGGCUGGCGCGCGAGCUCAAGGGCCUGCACAAGGGCGUGCGCUCCUGGGACGUGGCCAAGCUGCUGGAGGACGCGGUGAAGGCGCUGCUCACCGCGCUGCCGCUGGUCGCGGACCUGCACGCGCCCGCCAUGCGCGAGCGGCACUGGAAGCAGCUGAUGCGCACCACGGGCGUCAGCUUCAACAUGGACGACAAGUUCUGCCUGGGCAGCCUGCUGGGGCUGAAGCUGCACGAGCACGUGGAGGCGGUGAGCGAGAUCGUGGACCGCGCGCAAAAGGAGCUCAUCAUCGAGAAGGCGCUCAAGAAGAUCGACGAGACGUGGGUGCAGCUGCAGCUGGCCUUCGCGCCGCACGGCCGCACUGGCGUGCCCGCCAUCGCGCUGGACGACGCCGUCACGGAGUGCCUGGAGUCGGACCAGCUGCAGCUGCAGACCAUGGGCGCCGGCAAGUACGUCGCCGGCAACCCCAAGUUCCAGGAGGAGGUGCAAAAGUGGCAGAAGCGCCUCGGCGGGGUGGACACGUGCCUCGCCACGUGGACGGAGGUGCAGAAGAAGUGGAGCGCGCUGGAGGCCAUCUUCGUGGGCAGCGACGACAUCCGGGUGCAGCUGCCGGAGGACAGCAAGCGCUUCGACGCCAUCGACGCGGACUGGAAGGACCUCAUGAAGGUGGCGGUGGAGACGCCGGUGGUGGUGGAGGCGUGCAAUUUGGAGGGCCGUCCUGAGCGGCUGGAGAAGAUGCUGGCGGGCCUGCAGCUGUGCGAGAAGGCGCUCGCGGAUUACCUGGAGACGAAGCGCGUGGCGUUCCCGCGCUUCUACUUCGUGGCGCCGGGCGACCUGCUGGACAUUUUGAGCAAGGGCAGCGACCCGCACGCCAUCCUGCGCCACCUGUCCAAGUGCUUCGACAACACGCACAACCUGCAGUUCGCGCCGGGGGCCGACGGCGGCAAGAGCAAGACGGCGGUGGGCAUGUUCAGCGGGGAGGGCGAGUACGUGCCGUGGCACGAGAGCUUUACGUGCGAGGGCGCCGUGGAGCACUGGCUGGCGGGCCUGCUGGAGGCCAUGCGCGCCGCCAUUAAGUACGCGCUCAAGGACGCGGCCGCCGCGUACGACGAGAAGCCGCGCGAGCGCUGGCUGCUGGAGCAGUGCGCGCAAGUGGUCACCGUCGUCACGCGCAUCAUCUUCACGCAGGACAUCUUCGAGGCCUUCGAACAGAUGGAGGAGGGCAGCGAGAGCGCGCUGAAGGACUACUACCGGCAGUGCCAGGAGCAGCUGGACGAGCUGGUGAAGCUGACGGUGGGCGAGCUGAGCAAGGGCGACCGCAAGAAGGUGAUCACGCUGUGCACCAUCGACACGCACGCGCGUGACGUGGUGCAGAAGCUCAUCGACGACAAGGUGGAGGCCGCCGCCGCCUUCCAGUGGCAGUCCCAGCUGCGCUACAGCUUCGACGAGGCCACCAAGGCCGUCCGCGGCUCCAUCUGCGACUUCGACUUCCCGUACGCCUACGAGUACGUCGGCAACUGCGGCUGCCUGGUCAUCACGCCGCUGACGGACCGGUGCUACAUCACGCUCACCCAGGCGCAGCGCCUCGUGCUGGGCGGCGCGCCCGCGGGGCCCGCGGGGACGGGCAAGACGGAGACGGUCAAGGACCUGGGCCGCGCGCUGGGGGUCAUGGUGUACGUCUUCAACUGCAGCGACCAGAUGGACUACCGCAUCAUGGGCCAGAUCUACAAGGGCCUCGCGCAAACAGGCACCUGGGGCUGCUUCGACGAGUUCAACCGCAUCCCCGUCGAGGUGCUGUCCGUGUGCUCGACGCAGUACAAGACGGUGCUGGACGCGAUCCGCGCGCGCAAGGAGCGGUUCGUGUUCGAGGAGGGCGAGAUCGCGCUGGUGCGCACCAUGUGCGCGUUCAUCACGAUGAACCCGGGGUACGCGGGCCGCGCGGAGCUGCCGGAGAGCCUGAAGGCGCUGUUCCGGCCCGUGAGCAUGGCGGUGCCGGACCUGGUGCUCAUCGCGGAGAUCAUGCUGCUGGGCGAGGGCUUCGUCGCGUCCAAGCUGCUCGCGCGCAAGUUCAUCAUCCUGUAUACGCUCUGCGAGGACCUGCUCUCCAAGCAGGCGCACUACGACUGGAAGCUGCGCGCCAUCAAGACCACGCUCAACGUCGCCGGCGGCAUGAAGCGCGCCGCGCCCAACAUGACCGAGGACAAGAUUUUGCUGCGCGCGCUGCGGGACUUCAACAUCGGGAAGCUGGUGAACGACGACGUGCACGUGUUCAUGGGCCUACUCAACGACCUGUUCCCCAAGACCGUGGACAGCGUGCCGCGCGCGCGCGACCUGGUGUUCGAGGAGCACAUCAAGGCGGCCGCGGGCGAGGCGGGGCUGCAGCCGGAGAGCAAGUUCGUGCUCAAGGUGACGCAGCUGCGCGAGCUGCUCGAGGUGCGCUGGUCCGUCUUCGUGCUGGGGCCCGCCGGGUGCGGCAAGUCCACCGUCUGGCGCACCCUCGCGCGCGCGCAGGCGGCCGCGGGCGAGAAGACGGUGGUGAAGGCGCUGAACCCGAAGAGCGUGACGCGGCACGAGCUGUACGGGUACCUGCACCCGGCGACGCGCGAGUGGAAGGAGGGCCUCAUCAGCGUCACCUUCCGCGACAUGGCCAACACCGCGGGCGUGCCGCACCAGUGGAUCGUCUUCGACGGCGACAUCGACGCGGAGUGGAUCGAGUCCAUGAACACCGUCAUGGACGACAACAAAAUGCUCACGCUCGCCUCCAACGAGCGCAUCCCGCUCACGCCAUCCAUGCGCCUCCUCUUCGAGAUCUACACGAUGAAGCAGGCGUCCCCCGCGACGGUGUCCCGCGGCGGCGUGAUCUACCUGAACGCGGGCGACAUCGGGUGGGAGCCUUUUGUGGAGACGUGGAUCGAGGGGCGGCAGGACAAGAACGAGCGCGGCAUCCUCACCGAGUUCUUCGGCCGCUACAUGGAGAAGUCGCUGGACCACGUGGGGCGCAACUUCAAGCACAUCGUCCCGCUCGUCGACAUCAACCUCGUCUCCACCGUCUGCUACAUCCUCGAGGGACUCCUCCCGGAGGAGGGCAAGGCCCGCGGCGCCGCGGUGGACAAGAAGGUGUACGAGAGCUACUUCGUGUUCGCGUGCCUGUGGGGCCUGGGCGGCGCGCUGCUGGUGGACAAGACCAAGGACUACCGCGCAGAGUUCAGCGCAUGGUGGCGCUCCGAGUGGAAGGCCGUCGGCUUCCCGGACAAGGGCACCGUCUUCGACUACUACGUCAACCCGGAAGCCGCAGAGAUGACGCCCUGGGCAGACAGGGUGCCCGGCUUCACGUACGUGGACGACGGCAACUUCGGCGGCAUUUUCGUGCCGACGGUGGAGACGGUGCGGCUGUCGUUCUUGCUGGACGGACUGGUGGAGCGGCGGCACGGCGUCAUGCUGGUGGGCCCCGCGGGCACGGGCAAGACGAGCAUCCUGCGCGACAAGCUGCGCGGGCUGGACCCCGAGGCGCUGCUGAGCUGCAGCAUCAACCUCAACAGCUUCACCACCGCGGACCAGCUGCAAAACAUCCUGGAGGCGCCGCUGGAAAAAAAGAGCGGCGCGCGGUUCGGCCCGCCGGGCGGGAAGCGGCUGAUCUACUUCGUGGACGACCUGAACAUGCCGUUCGUGGACAAGUACGGCACGCAGGCGCCCAUCGCGCUGCUGCGCCAGGCGCUCGACUACGGCGGCUGGUACGACCGGAGCAAGGUGCUGCUCAAGGAGGUGGCCGCCACGCAGAUGCUGGCCGCCAUGAACCCCACCGCCGGCAGCUUCAGCAUCAACCCGCGCAUGCAGCGCCACUUCGCCACCUUCGCGGUGCAGAUGCCGUCGGCCGACCAGCUGACCGCCAUUUACAGUGCCAUCGUGGGCGGCCACCUGGCGCCCUUCGACGGCGAGGUGGCCAAGCUGGGGGCCAAGGUGGCGGCCGCCACGGUGGAGCUGCACCAGAUGGUCACCAACACGUUCCUGCCCACCGCCGUCAAGUUCCACUACCAGUUCAACCUGCGGGACCUCUCCAACGUCGCGCAGGGCGUGUGCCGCGCGGUGCGCGAGUACUUCGGGAGCCCGGUGAAGGUGGCGCGCCUGUGGCUGCACGAGUGCGAGCGCGUGUUCGCGGACCGCAUGAUCAACGCCGCGGACGCGACGCGCUUCAGCGAGAUGCUGGAGCACGCGCGCAAGAAGAACUUUGAGGACCUCGACGGCGACGCGCUCACCGCGCGGCCGCUCAUCUUCACCUCCUUCACGCAGCAGACGCCCGACGGGCACCCCGUCUACACCGCCGUCGACGACUACACCAAGCUCAAGGGCGUGCUGGAGGAGCGCUUGGCGGAGUACAACGAGAGCCACGCGGCGAUGGACCUGGUGCUGUUCGAGCAGGCCAUGGACCACGUCUGCAGGAUCGCGCGCGUCCUCAACCUGCCGCGUGGCAACGCCAUGCUGGUGGGCGUGGGCGGCAGCGGGAAGCAGAGCUUGGCGAAGCUGGCGGCGCACAUAUGCGGGUACGAGGUGUUCCAGAUCAGCGUGACGAGCACGUACGGCGCGGCGGAGUUCAAGGCGGACCUGGUGACGCUGUACACGCGCGCGGGCGUGAAGGCGGUGCCGACGGUGUUCCUCAUGACGGACGGCCAGAUCGUGAGCGAGCAGUUCCUGGUCUACCUCAACGACCUGCUCUCCUCCGGCUACAUCCCCGACCUCUUCGCGCCCGACGAAAAGGACGCCAUCUGCAACAGCCUCCGAAACGAGGUCAAGCAGGCCGGCAUAUUGGAUACGCGCGACGCGUGCUGGGAGUUUUUCAUCGAGAAGGUGCGCAAGUACCUGCACGUGGUGCUGUGCUUCAGCCCGGUGGGCGACAGCUUCCGCAUCCGCGCGCGCCAGUUCCCCGCGCUCAUCAACAACACCGUCAUCGACUGGUUCCAGCCCUGGCCGCAGGAGGCGCUCGUCUCCGUCGCAGGUCGUUUCCUGGCGGACGUGCCGGCGCUGGCGGACGAGGUGCGCGAGAACAUGGCGCACCACAUGGCGCACGUGCACCUGUCCGUGACGGACGCGAGCGUGCGGUACUACGACGCGGAGCGGCGGUACAACUACACGACGCCCAAGAGCUACCUGGAGCUCAUCAGCCUGUACAAGGGCCUGCUGGCGCGCAAGCGCGACGAGCUGCGGCAGCAGAAGGAGCGGCUUGAGAACGGCGUGCUCAAGAUCAGCCAGGCCAGCGCGCAGGUGGCGGACCUGCAGGCCGCGCUCAAGCACGAGCAGGCCGUCGUCGACGAGAAGAAGCAGACCACGGACGCUCUCAUCGUCAACAUCGGGCAGGAGAAAGCCGUGGUCGACGAGCAGAAGAACUCAGCCGCGGCAGACGAGGCCGAGUGCGCCAAGAUCGCAACCGAGGUAUCCGAGUUCCAGGCGGCGUGUGCCCAGGACCUGGCUGCCGCAGAGCCCAUUAUCGCGGAGGCGGAGGCCGCGCUCAACUCCCUCGACAAGAAGUCUCUUGGAGAGCUCAAGUCGUUUGGCAGCCCUUCCCCCGAAGUCGUGCAGGUGGGCGCGGCGUGCCUGGUGCUGACGGCCCCCGGCGGCAAGAUCCCGAAGGACCUGUCGUGGAACGCGGCCAAGAAGAUGAUGGGCAACGUGGACCAGUUCCUGACGUUCCUCAAGGACAAGUUCGACAAGGACAACGUGCCCAUCCAGUGCGUGGAGAAGUGCGAGAAGGAGUUCCUGAGCAACCCCGGGUUCACCGCGGACAACAUCCGCAGCAAGAGCGCGGCCGCGGCGGGCCUGUGCGGGUGGGUGAUCAACAUCUGCAAGUACUUCCGCAUCUACCAGGUGGUCGCGCCCAAGCGCGCGCUGCUGGACGAGGCCAACAAGAAGCUGGCGGGCGCCAACGCGAAGCUGGCGGGCAUCCGCAGCAAGGUGGCGGACCUGGAGGCGCGCGUGGCCGCGCUCGAGGAGGGGCUCAUGAAGGCGACGGAGGACAAGAACCAGGCCAUCGCCGCCGCGGAGAAGACGCAGCGCAAGGCGGACAUGGCGGACCGGCUGGUCAACGGGCUGGCGGGCGAGAACCAGCGCUGGAACGAGGCCAUCAGCCAGUUCGAGAUCAUGGAGAGCAAGCUCGUCGGGGACGCGCUCAUCGCCGCCGCCUUCGUCAGCUACGCGGGGCCCUUCAACGCAGCCUUCCGCCAGGUGUUGGUUGACGCCAACUGGACGCCUGACGUGGUGGAGCGGCAGAUCCCCUUGACGGAGGGCCGCCGCCCGCUGAGCUUGCUGACGGACGACACGGAGAUGGCGCGGUGGGGCAACGAGGGCCUGCCCGCGGACAGCCUGAGCGUGGAGAACGGCGCCAUCAUGUGCAACUGCGCGCGCUGGCCGCUCAUGAUCGACCCGCAGCUGCAGGGCGUGCAGUGGGUCAAGGCGCGCGAGGCCGCGCACGGGCUGCGCGUGAUCCAGCUGAGCGCGGGCAAGUACAUGGACACGGUGGAGGCGUGCAUCGAGGCGGGCACGCCGCUGCUGAUCGAGAACCUGGGCGACUCCAUCGACGCCGUGCUGGACCCGGUGAUCAGCCGCAGCGUCAUCCGGCGCGGGCGGAACCUGCUCAUCAAGCUAGGCGACAAGGAGGUCGCGUACGACCCCAACUUCCGGCUCUACCUCCACACCAAACUCUCCAACCCGCACUACAAGCCCGAGAUCGCUGCGCAAACCACGCUCAUCAACUUCAGCGUGACGGAGAGCGGUUUGGAGGAGCAGCUGCUGGCGCUGGUGGUGAACAAGGAGCGCGCGGAGCUGGAGGAGGCGCGGCAGGGCCUGGUGCGGCAGCUGAACGAGUUCAAGAUCGCGCUCAAAGGGCUGGAGGACAACCUGCUGGUCAAGCUGUCCAACAGCCAGGGCGACAUCCUGGAGGACGUGGAGCUCAUCCAGAACCUGGAGAACACCAAGAAGACCGCGCUCGACAUCGAAACCAAGGUCAAGGCUGCCAAGGAGGCGGAGCUGAGCAUCGCUGCGGCGCGCGAGGCGUUCCGCCCGGUUGCUGCUCGCGGGUCGCUGCUGUACUUCUUGGUGGACCGGCUGACGGCGCUGAACCACAUGUACCAGUACAGCAUGGCCAUGUUCGUGGACAUCCUGAACAAGGGCAUCGACGCGACGUCGCCCGCGGAGGACCCCGCCGCGCGCGUGACCGCGCUCAUCGAGUGCACGAGCUUCACCAUCUUCAAGUUUGUGGCGGCGGGCCUCUUCGAGAAGCACAAGCUCAUCUUCGCGACGCAGUACGCGCUCAGCCUGGCGCGCCAGGCCGGCACGCUGGACACCGCGUGCGCGGACUACCUGCUGGCGGGCCCGCGCGUGCCGGGCGUCUCGUCGCCGCUGCCGGAGUGGAUGCCGGACGCGACGUGGGGCGCGGUGCUCGCGCUGCGCGACCUGGAGGACUUCGGCGCGCUGCCGGACGACGUGAUCGGGAGCGCGAAGCGGUGGCGCGACUGGGCGGAGCUGGAGCGGCCGGAGGCGGAGCCGCUGCCGGGCGACUGGAAGAAGCUGCCCGACUUCCAGCGGCUGCAGGUCAUCCGCGCCAUCCGGCCGGACCGCAUGACCGCCGCCGUGCGCGCGUACGUGGCCGACGCCAUCGGGGCGCAGUACGUGCAGUCGUACCCGUUCAACCUGGAGGCCAGCUUCGCGGACGCGCGGCCGGGCACGCCCAUCUUCAUCUUCCUCUCGCCCGGCGUCGACGCGGCCGCCGCGGUGGAGGGCCUGGGCCGCAAGCUGGGCUUCACCGCGGAGGCCGGCAAGUACACGGCGGUCAGCCUGGGGCAGGGCCAGGAGGGGCCCGCCAUGCGCGCGCUGCAGCGCGCGCAGUCCGAGGGCGGGUGGGUGCUGCUGCAGAACAUCCACCUGACGCCCAAGUGGACGGCAGGCCCGCUCGAGAAGUCGAUCGACAAGCUGGCGGACGGCGCGCACGCGGACUUCCGGCUGUUCCUGAGCGCGGAGCCGGCCGCGGGCAUCCCCAUCACGGUGCUGCAGAACAGCAUCAAGCUGAGCAACGAGCCGCCGGAGGGCGUGCAGCCCAACCUGGUGCGCGCCUUCGGCAACUUCAGCGACGAGACGUUCGAGAGCAGCGCCAAGAGCGCGGAGCUCAAGGCCAUCGUGUUCGCGCUCUCCUUCUUCCACGGGGUGCUCCUGGAGAGGAAGAAGUUCGGGCCGCAGGGCUGGAACAUGAACUACCCGUUCAACACGGGCGACUUGACGAGCUGCGCGCAGUGCGCGAGCAACUAUUUGGAGGCGGGCGCCAAGAUCCCGUGGGAGGACCUGCGGUACAUCUUUGGCGAGAUCAUGUACGGCGGCCACGUGGUGGACGACUGGGACCGGCGCACCGUGGCGGCGUAUCUGCUCACGCUCAUCAAGGAGGAGCUCGUCGAGGGCAUCGAGCUCUUCCCCAAGUUCCCCACCCCGCCCAACUCCCUCACGCACGCCCAGAUCGUCAAGUACAUCGGCGAGACGAUCCCCGCGGAGUCGCCGGUCAUGUUUGGGCUGCACCCCAACGCGGAGAUUGGCUUCCGGCUGGCGCAAGCCGACGGCCUGUUCAAGAGCGUACUCUCGCUGCAGCAGCGAUCCGUCGACGGAGGGGCCGCCGCCAGCGUGCAGGAGCGUGCCAAGACGGUGUUGGACGACGUGUUGGAGAAGCUGCCGGAGCCGUUUGACUUCGAGGACAUCACGAGCCGCGUCUCGGAGCGCACGCCCUACACCGUCGUCUUCCUGCAGGAGAUCGAGCGCAUGAACCUCCUGCUCGCGCACAUCCGCCGCAGCCUCAUGCCCUUGUCGUUUUGUACCGCGCCUGACCCGCCCCCCCGCGCGGCGGUGCAGGAGCUGGACCUGGGCCUGAAGGGCGACCUGACGAUCAGCGACGCGAUGGAGCAGCUGAUGCUCGCGCUCGCGGAGGACCGCGUGCCUGCGUCGUGGGAGGCAAUGGCGUACCCCAGCCUGCGCCCGCUCGGCGGCUGGACCGUCAACCUGCUGGACCGCAUCAAGCAGCUCCAGGACUGGACGGCCGACAUGACGCUACCCAAGGUUAUCAACCUGACGCUGCUGUUCAACCCCCAGAGCUUCCUCACAGCCGUCAUGCAGACGACAGCGAGGCGAAACGACUGGCCGCUCGAUAAGACCGUCAUACAGACAGAGGUUACCAAGAAGCAGCCGGAUGCCAUUGACGCGCCGAGCCGCGACGGCGCGUACGUGUAUGGGCUGUACCUGGAGGGGUGCGGGUGGGACGAGAAGGGCGGCGUGCUGGUGGAGUCGAAGCCGAAGGAGCUGUUCCAGCCCAUGCCCGUCAUCCUUAUCAAGGCCGUGCAGGCCGACAAGGCCGAGACGCGCGACUCGUACCAGUGCCCCGUGUACAAAACGGCCAAGCGGGGGAACAGCUACGUCUUCACGGCACAGCUGCGAUCCAAGCACGGCCAAAAUAAAUGGACGCUGGCAGGGGUCUCUAUGCUUAUGGAAGUCGUGUAG